UCUCUCAUUUCUGUUUUGUUUGUUUCUUCUGCAACUCUCUCCUCUCACUUUUAAAGCAAUCACCAAUUCUCUCUCAAAAACUCUGUUCAUCAUCAGGAGAGAAAAGUAAAGUAAGUUUCCCAGUGCGAGCUCACUGCCCUAUAAAUGUAGAGAGAGAUUGAAAGAGACCCUCUUGUUUUAGUCCACUAGUACUACUACUGCUACUGUACACACCUCUAUCUUCUAUCUCUAAUGGUAUAAAUUUUGUUCAGAGAGAAAGUCAGCAAUUUACGGCCUUGACUGGUAACAACACAACAAUAACUCGUCCGGAUCUCUCUUUAAUUUAUCUUUUUUUGAAAAAACAACCCUUUUUUCAUCACUAUUCAAACUCCCCACUUUCAUCACUCAUUUGUUUUGUUUGGGUUCUGCAUUUUCAUGGAGUUUUUGAGGGUUUCAGCUGUGUUUUAGAGUACCCAUUUGUGGGUUUUAUUUAGGGUUUUCUGUUGAUGGUGAUGAGGGGUUGCUAAAGGUGUGAGCUUUUUCUUUUUUUUGGUUGUUUUUCUCUUUUGCUUUGGGUCUUUUCUCUGUUUAUGUGUCUUCCCAUUGAAGAUUUCUGAGUUUGAGGAGGUGUGUGGGUAUGAACUGAGAAAAGGGUUAGCUUCAUCUUCAGUUUUUUUUUUGUUUUCUUUUAGGAUUUUCAGUGAUUUUUCAGUUAGUGUUGAUGUGGGUUUAGUUGGAAAGCUCUCAGUAACUCUGGGUUCUGCUCAAUUUCUACAAAAUCUCUAGAUUUUGAAUCUAGGGUUUUGUUCUUCACUCCUCUGUGGGUUCAUCAAGUGCAUUGCAACUUCAAUUUGUACUUUGUUUGCUUAGGGUUUUGAUCUGCGAAGUGGAAAUUUGGUACCUUGAUAGAGUUUUGGGUACAUAAAUUGGUUGAAUUGGAAGCAUUUUGUGAUCAAUUAACAAGUAAAUGCAUGGAUGGGAGAGAAGCCAUGUCGUUACCAGGGGCACCUUCAUAUUAUAUGCAACAUGGACCAUCGGGUUUUCGCCCAUUAGCUAGUCACCAACCGCAGCAGCACAUACCAGUUCAAUCCCAUCUAGGAGGAAAUUCUGUAGGAUCAUCACCAUUUCCUCCUCAAGUUGAGUCAACUUCAGGGAUUUCAUCACAUGGUGGUGGUGGUGUCAAUGCUGCCAUUCCACAAGGGGAAAGUGUAAAGAGGAAAAGAGGAAGACCUAGAAAGUACGGAACCGAUGGAAGCGUAUCACUGGCAUUGUCGCCCAUCUCAUCUCCUCCUUCAGCAUCAGCCUCCUCGCUGUCGCCAAGCCAGAAAAGGGGUAGAGGCCGGCCACCUGGAACUGGCAGGAAACAACAAUUGGCCUCACUUGGUGAAUGGAUCUCAGGUUCAGCUGGGAAUGGUUUUACCCCACAUAUAAUCACAAUUGCAGUAGGAGAGGAUAUUGCUUCAAAAAUAAUGUCAUUUUCACAGCAGGGCCCAAGAGCUGUCUGCAUCCUCUCAGCUAACGGGGCUGUGUCCACAGUGACACUUCAACAGCCUGCGUCUUCUGGUGGCUCCGUCACAUAUGAGGGGCGGUUCGAGAUACUAUGCUUGUCAGGCACUUACUUGCUGACUGAUAAUGGUGGGUCUCGCGGCCGAUCUGGUGCCCUCAGUAUCUCCCUUUCUAGUCCAGAUGGCCGAGUGAUUGGUGGCGGAGUUGGGGGAACUCUCAUCGCAGCAACCCCUGUCCAGGUGAUCGUGGGGAGUUUUAUACACAAUACGAAGACAAAGAUCAAAACAGAAGAUGUUACUGGCUCUGGCUUGCAUUCUGACAUUCAACUUACUGACGGUGGUGAUAAACUUGCCAGUCCACCUACCAGCAACACACAACACCAGAAUAUGACUCCAAGUACAACCAUGUCCAUGACUAUGAACGCGGGCUGGCCAGGAUCACGGUCAGCAGACAUGAGGGGUGGUUCCACGCACUUUGAUAUCGACUUAACCCGUGGAUGAUGAUGCAUCUGAAACUAGAAUCUGCUGCUCUCUAAGUAAAGAGAUGGAUUUUCUUUUACUAACAUUAUUUGUCAGAAUUAGCAACUCAGUAGUAUAUACUCGUAGCUCGUGAAAAUUCUUCGUUAGCUCUUAACUGCAUUUGGCCUUCCAUUAUUAUGACUCAGGGAUUGUGUUUCCCAAACAGGUUCAGAUACAAAAUUAUGGGUUCUAUUUAUUAUAUCUGCUUAGUGGCUUCAAACUGUAUACUCAAUGGAUCAAUCAAAAUUUUAGUUAGAAUCA